AUGUUCAACGUGGUUUUCUAUCCCGAUGGAGAGUUCGUUAGUGAGAAAAUAAUAUUUUACAGGGGUGGGGUUCAAAGCACUGUCCAUGAACAAAAUAUUGAAAAAUGGGGUUUAUCUGAGGUGAUGAAUAUCAUUCUUGACUGGGGCUAUGAAAGAAACAAGUUUAGGGUAUGGAGCAAACUUGAAGGUAUAAGUGUCUGUUAUUUUGAAAUUAAUAAGGACCAUCGUGUUAUUGAUGUUGCUACUUAUGUUGUUGGAAACUCCACUAAAGGUCAUUUGUAUGUUGAACACAAUGUGAAGGACAUCAAAGUCAAAGUGGUUGAGCCUCAAUGCAUUGAUGUUACUGUUAGGAAUGAAUCAAGUUAUGAAUACGCAGAUGAAAGUGAUAAUGAUGCAAGGAAUGUUAAGUUUAAUGACAAUGAAGAGGAUAAAACAACUGGAUUGAAUGAUGAAUUUGAAGUUGUUGAAGUCGACAUGCCCAAAGAAGGUUCAAAUAGAAUUGACAUAAAUGGAAAGUCAUAUAGGAUUAAGAUGUGUGGAAGUAAGUUACCUAUGAAAAAGAAGAAAUUAACCCCAAAGAAGAAGAUGAAGGUCAAGGUGAAGGUUAUGUCACCUGCUAAGAAAUCAAAAGAUGUUUCUGAAGAAAAAGACCAUAAACCCAAUGAUGAUGGGGAAGAUCAAUAUGUGAGUGAUGAAUUAGGCAGCUCAGACCCAGAUACUUCUGAAGAUGAAAAGUUACCUAAAUAUGAAAAAUUUAGAAAAGAGCGACUUGGGAAAGAUUAUGAAAAUCCAAUAAAAUCAAAAGUUGUGGUUAAUAAGUUGCAAACACGUGAGAAGGUUAGAAUUGCUGACAUUAUGCAAGAUAUGAGGAAGAAUUACUCGAUUGGGAUAACACCAGGUAGGGCAUGA